AUGGGUAAGAGCGGCAAGAACUCCCAAUACGGCGUCGUUCUUGAUGCCGGUUCCUCGGGGACGCGCGUCUACGUCUACAAAUGGAGAAACCCCUCUGCGCCGCCCAAACACGAAUAUGACGACGACGACGAUGAAGUACGCUCGCUUCCCAAGAUCCAUCUCAAAAAGAAUCACAAAAUCCACCCGGGUAUUUCCACCUUUGCCGACGCCGUCGACUCGGUCGGCCAUGACCAUUUGCAGGAGCUUGUCGACGUGGCCCUGAAAAAAGUACCCUCACACAAAAUACCCGAGACACCCAUUUUCCUCAUGGCCACAGCCGGCGUGCGAUUUCUCCCCCCACACAAGCAAAAGGCCCUUCUCGGCGCCGUCUGCUCUUACUUCAAGGCCAAUACGAAAUUUCAGCUGCCCGAUUGCGACGCCCACGUCAAGGUCAUACCCGGCGAGACCGAGGGCCUCUACGGCUGGAUUGCCGCCAAUUAUCUCCUUGGAGGCUUCGAACGACCGGACGAGCACCGACACAGCAAAGGACACCAUACAUAUGGUUUUCUCGACAUGGGCGGCGCCUCUGCGCAAAUCGCCUUUGCGCCCAACGCGACCGAGGCAAAGAAACAUGCCGACGACUUGAAGCUAGUUCGCAUGCGCAAGCUUGAUGGCUCCUCGGUCGAGUACAAAGUCUUUACCUCCACAUGGCUGGGCUACGGUGCCAACAAAGCCCGGGAACGUUUCGUGAAACAGCUGGUCGACCAAUACGAGACAAAUGUUCGGGAGAUCCCCGACCCAUGCCUCCCCAAAGGCCUGCGAAUGACGCUCGAAGGCGUCACUGUUGACUCUGCAGCGGGUAGCGAACAAGUGCUGUUGGGCACUGGCCAGUUUGCUGAAUGUGUGCGCAAAACGUAUCCCUUGUUAGGAAAGGAAAAGCCCUGUGAGGACUCGCCUUGUUUGCUCAAUGGACAGCAUGCUCCCGCCAUUGAUUUUGACAUUAAUCAUUUUGUUGGUGUGUCGGAAUACUGGCACACGACUCACGGCGUGUUCGGGAAGGAGAAUGUAGCAUAUGAUCUGGCCACGUACCAGAAAAGGGUCCUUGAAUACUGCGAAAGAGACUGGUCAUCAAUCAAAGACGACGUUUUCGGUCGUAAGAAGACGGCCGAGGAGAAGAUGGCCGACGCUCAGCAGGCCUGUUUCAAAGCGUCUUGGCUAAUCAACAUGCUUCACGAUGGUAUAGGGAUUCCCAGAAUCGGCAUUGAGGGCGGCAACGGCACCCACCCCGGGCCUGACCAAAAGGGCUUCCGCGACCCAUUUCAACCUGUUGACACCAUCCACGACAUGGAAGUGAGCUGGACGCUGGGAAAGAUGGUACUCUAUGCUGUUGGGCAAAUUCCGGCCAAAGAUUCAAAACUCCCCGUCGGUUUUGGCAGCAACAUUGACUCUGGUAUCCCCUCGGACUUUGAGCACGCUGGAUCUGUGCCAAUACCCACCGGUCCGAAGCUGGGAGGUGGUGAUGACGAUGAUGAUGAUGAUGAUGUGUACCGUUCGUCUGGCUCGAUAUUGCCGUUCCUGGUAUUCCUAUUACUUGCUAUGGUCUUGGCAUAUUGGCUUCGAAAGCCCGACAGGCGGCACAGGUUCUUUUCCUUUGGCCGUCGUUCGCGCAAAAAUGGCAAGGGUUCUCGUGGAUUCAUCAAUAAGCUUCUGCGACGCCCAACUAUUACAUACGAGCGUGUAUUGGAGGAAGGCGAGGCUCCCGAAUUCGAAUUGGGCGGUGCAGAAUCGGACGAAAAUGACCACUCUGACAGCACAGAGGGCUCAAAAGGUGGCAGAAGCUCUGGACUGGCGACGCCCAAGCUGAACCUAGAGCGGGUCGAUGACUUUCGCAUGCCAUCCGCCAUGGAUCGCGCGGGACUGGCGGUGCGCACAGAGAGUCGUGAACGGCUUGUGCCAAGCCUACAAAUGCUCAAUGCUGGACGGCGCAGUCGCAACGUUAGCCCCACGCGAAUGAAGAGCCCUCUAGCUGUUGUUUGA